GCCCGUUUUGCUUUGCCCGUCGAAAAAUGGUAGAUGGGUGGCAUUUUUCCUCAUCCGUACAGUCACUGUCGAGUAAACUCCAAUACAAUAAUCGUGUUUAGCUUGUGUGCGACCGGAUUAUUUUUCGGAAAUGCUCUGUUACGCACCAGGCGCGACCGACACUACUGUUCAAAUUGAGGACUGCAUGGAAUCGACUGCUCAUCUGGGAUUUGCAGCCCGGAAUUGCUCCAUAGGGCUCCACGGUGCUUCAAGGGAUUCUCGCAGAUCAGCCCAUGAUACUGAUGUAUCUGGACAAUGUGAUCAGAAGCCAAGGCAUGGUGUACUACGUAAUGCGCAGAUUAAAAAGCGGAAUGUCAGCUUUUCUGGUGUGACGGUUUAUUCCUUUGCGAGGGAGCAAGGUUUCUCCUCGGUUCCAGACACGGGGUGGUGUUCCCUAGGAAUGGCACGGCAACACUUCUGUGUCUCCCGAUAUGAUGUUCAUCACCAUCAACUUCUUUUGCGCUUAAGACGGAAGCGAUUGCGAAUGCUUGCACAGAGGUCGCGCGCAAUGGGUGGUGGAACUUCUCUUUCUGCGCGUUUGCGUAAGAAUAAUCCACCUGCAUGUAAAAGUAACCGAUUCGAGGAGACUAGAUUGAAUCCGGGUGACUCAUGCAGGAUUCCUAAUUUUCCUUCUCCUCCACCGCUAUCGCCUCAGUUUUUCAACGAUCGCCCAACCACAUGUGAUGUCACGCCCUUGUCAGAUAGCCCCAGAUUCUCUGUUGCUCAAGCGACACCCCCGCCGCCUUGUCUUUCACCUCCAUCCCCUAGACGUGUUCUAGCCAACUUAGACGAAUCUUUGUUCAACUCCGCUUCUUUCGUUAAUGCAGAGGGUCUAGACACUGAUUCCGAGACGUCUCUAGAUCAGAUGCCUGCGGUAAACCGUUCCAAAGCUGUACAUAGCCCCAGAAGCCGCAGGAAACUACUCCCAAUCAAUGCGAACGCACGGAUUCGCCUGUUGCGCGAAUCAGGCGUCCUACGGUUGGACGAAUCUGAGCGUGAGGUUUGUUUGCAGAUGCGCGCCACCCGUUCUCGUGUCGGUUGCGAGUGUGGCCCGCGUUAUCCGUGCACCCCCGGUAGAUGUUCUUGUAUAGAAGAUGGUGUCCAGUGCCAAGUUGAUCGAGCCUCGUUCCCCUGUUCUUGUGUCGCCGAGCAAUGUCACAAUCCCAAUGGGCGGACCGAGUUUCCACAAGAACAAGUCAAAGCCCAUAUUCAACGAGUUCUCAAACAGGUCAACGAAGAAACCGAUGAAAAAACCACCCAGUCCCCUGUUUCGGAACUGCGCCCAUCAGGCGACGGUCCGUCUUCGUCAGUGCUUCCCAAGGAGGGUAGUCCCAUUGCUGCAGCGGCCAAGGCCAGUGUGCAUUCCGAUCACGUCCGAUUCGUCUCCCCUCUCCGAGUUUGUCAAAAGUCCGGCAGUCGGACACUGUGGAAAGGAAAGAAAAACAGAUCACCCGUAGUUGAUUCGGCUAAAACUACGGUCAUCGUUCCCACCUCUACCCCGGAAUAUUCCACUGAAUCUGUCGAGUAUUCCAUCAUUGACUCCCCAAAAUUUGUCAUGUCUUCGACCCCAGCAAAUUUAGGUUCAGCACCUACUGGACGUGUUUUAUUUCCAGACUCAGGGCUUGCAGCCCCAAUCGCCUGUGAUGAGGUAUCUCUUCCUGCCCCAUCCCCAUUCAUGGCAGGCCCACUUUCCUGCCAUGGUGUAUCGCUACCGUUGGAUUCGGACAUGAUCAUUCAGCCACCUAAAUCAACGGAAGAUCCGAAUUUUCGACUUACUCCGAUACAGCAUAUCAGCAGAAGGCGCAACUACGAAUCCAUAGGUUCUCCUCAGCCGGGACCGAACAAAGAAAAACUUGCAGCAAAAGGCGUUACGGAUCCAAGCAGUUUGCUGGAGGAAGAGUGUAUUCGGUUGACGACGGAUACUGUCGCUCUGGUACCCAAUAUCAUCAUGGAUACGGAGGUCGCUGAUCAGCUGUCUUUUGAAGCAGGUGUUCUAUUGAUGUCCGAAGGUGGGGAAAACGGUACUGGUAGGCAUCGUCGUGAGGAGCUUACCGAAUGUCACAGUAGUCCGACGUCACCUGUCAAACUGGUCGAAUGCGCUCUUUCGCCCGAUCAGUGCAAACUGACAACGAAAAGGGUGGGAUCUCCAUCCCUUUCAGAGUUAGGUUAUACUAAUCGCCGUCCUAAAGCUCCCUUUGUUUCCAAAUCAGCUCCUUCGAGCCCCACUCAACUAACACCGGCAUCGCUUAGUCGAUUGUCGCUCCGACGACGUGCCAUACCCCGACUACCAGUCACACCUUACAGACGUACACCUCAUUCUACCCGUACACCAAACGCCUACACUGCCGCGAAAAAACAAGUAUUCCUGAGUGUUACUUCCUCCGCUUUCAAGCAAAGACUGUUUGACGACUCUGCACACAACGACGGUUCCACUCCAGUACCUCUAUCUCCUCUUGUCCGUGUUGGUCGACCGCGAUCUCACGUGGUCAGCAGUUCUGCUCCUAGCCAGUCACCAACCCGAGCGGUUGUAGCGACUAUCAAAGAUGCUGUUACGACUGGUAUCACGCAAGGCACUAGCCGUUCUACCUCAAGUUGACUACUGACUCUUUGUGUUACGUGACAACGCUUAUUGCUCAGAUUAUCAGUAGUGUUUGGCGGUUAUUAUGUUUGUCACGGCUAUCCGAAUCGGAUCGAACCCCCCGUUUUGGUGCGAUUUUUCAAAUGCAUUUGAUCUUUGCUUGCGCACGUUCCCAGUCAGUUACCCACUGUAUACUAUCCUUCAAUUAUUCUGAAGCAGCAUUUAUUUUUUUGGAGGACGG